AUGACAGCACAACAUGCUCUUCAGAGGGUCCAAACCAAACUACAACUUCCUACUGAAGUCCCACAGUGUAUCUUAAAAGGACACAGAAACAGAGAAGACUUUUUGUCUUUUCCCACUCCAGAAUUUGGCUGGAUCUCAAAGGUGUAUGUGAACCGACCUGAAGUUGUGAGGCAUGCAGAACACAUUAAAAAAUGGAGAACUGUGAAAGGUAAUUGGCAAGCUGCUUGGCUGCUGAAAGCUGUCACCUGCAUAGACCUUACCACUCUUUCAGGAGAUGAUACUCCUUCGAGUAUUCACAGACUAUGUUAUAAAGCAAAGCAUCCCAUCAGAGAGGAUCUGCUGAAAGCCUUGGACAUGCAUGAUAAAGGUAUUACUGUCGGAGCGGUUUGUGUGUAUCCUGCAAGAGUCACCGAUGCUGUUAAUGCCCUAAAGGCUGCUGGCUGUAAUAUACCAGUAGCAUCAGUGGCUGCUGGGUUUCCAUCUGGACAAACUGCUCUAGAAAUCAAACUGGCUGAAAUAAAGCUGGCUGUGCAGUAUGGUGCUAGAGAGAUUGACAUUGUCAUUAGCAGGGCUCUGGUGCUGACUGGCCAGUGGGAAGGUCUCUAUGAGGAGAUCCGUCAGUGCCGUGAAGCCUGCGGAGAAGCUCAUAUGAAAACAAUCCUGUCAACGGGUGAACUGGGGUCCCUUGCUAAUGUCUACAAAGCCAGUAUGAUAGCUAUGAUGGCAGGUUCUGAUUUUAUUAAGACAUCUACAGGGAAGGAGGUGGAAAAUGCGACCUUUCCAGUUGGAGUAGUCAUGAUGCGAGCCAUUAAAGAAUUCUACUGGCAAACUGGCUACAAGGUUGGAUUUAAACCUGCUGGGGGCAUUCGGAUGGCACAAGAAGCUAUUACUUGGCUUAUGCUGGUGAAGGAGGAACUGGGAGUGGAAUGGCUAACACCAGAGCUCUUUCGCUUGGGUGCCAGUAGUUUGCUGGAAGACAUUGAGAAACAGAUUUUCUACCUUGUGACUGGCUCUUAUCCACUUCAGCAUGACCUGGCAAUGGCUUAGACACAAAAUCAACUCAGGAUUACAAAAGAGGUCUUUAAGCAAACAACAUUCACAAGUUUUCUGACAACCAAGUGCAUGUGAUAAAAUUAAAAGACUAAUUCUCCCUUCUUCAUAUUUUAUAGCAUAUAAAAAUAUGCUCCUCUGCUGCUUGUACUUGAUCCAAAAGCAGAAAAAUGGUAAUUCUGAAAUAGUUAAAUAGUUAAUACUUACAGAUUUGCAAAGUUAAUCUUGCAAAGUCUUCCUCAGACCAGCCUGAAAAGCUUAUUAAUGUCAACACUGAAAUACUAUGAAAAAGAUGUAGGUGGCCUGGUAACACUUUGCAGUCACAGAAUAUGAAAUAUCUGUGGAAUAUAUCAGAUUACUAAUUAAGAGCUACAGUUCUUGGAACAGCUUUCCAUUCACCUCAGACAAAACCUUCUGCCACAAAUGUGUUGCACUAUUAAUUGUUAUGUUGAUUCACUUUCAAGCAUUGUAACCUGAGGAAAUGAAACUUGGCUAUUACUUCCUUUUAUAAAAUGCCUCUGCAGCAAAAGAAAACCUUUUUUUUUCUUUUUUGGCAUUUUUCCCCCCAAACUUGGGCACAGACAUCCAUAUUUAGACCCUUGAAUAAAGGUGGCUUGAUUUCCAGAACAGCUGAGUAUCCACAGUUGCUCCUGUAGUUAAUGGGAGCUCUGGGUGAUCAGAACAACUGAAAAUCAAGCAGCCUUAUAUAGGUGCCUAACUAUGCAUUCAUGGGCCUAUUUUUAGGCAUUUCACUCUUAAAUUUUAGUCUAACUUGCUUAGAAGCUCCUAUUCCUGUCUCCUGUCAUUUUAAAACACAUUCAUGCAAAUCUUUGCAUCUUAAUGUAGGGGGGUUUGACUGUCAUUGUGCAGGUGUCACUGCUGUGCUGGCUUCACCUUGGUCAUUCUAAAAGCGAUCUUUUAAUUUAAAGGGUGAUUUGAAUUUUAUCCUAUACAGGGUUUAUAGCUUUAAUAUAGAAAGGACUUUUCUCAGAGCACAUUAAGAAUAGUACUGAAAUUAUCAACACCUUUUGAAUAUCAGACUACAGCUAGUAGAUUCAUUACUUCGGAGCUGCAUUCUGCUCACUAACCAGAAUUGUACUAAAAACUUAAUUAUCUUAUCAUCAUGACUAGUCUCACUGACUUAAGUAGGUCUCAUCAGGGAAGUAAGAGAAGGAGGAUUUUGCUGUAAAUCAAGCUACAAAGGUACAUUUAUUGCAAAGAGAUCUGUACUUCAUAAAGAUAAUAACUCAGUUAUUUAUCUGGCUAUACCACCUGAAUCAGUGGUGCUCUACUGCUGAUUUUCCUGCCAGUUUCCUGAAGGAAAAACCCAGUGCCUGUUUGCGUAUUUAGGGGAAAAUACUGCUGAGCUUGCAGAAAUACAGAGCCUGUUUUAUGGAGUCAGCUCCCACCAGGUGUUUACCAGGUUGACCCUCUGCCCUCACAGCAACCACACAUUGGAUUUUGCUGCUGUUUCACUCUAGCCACAUAAACGUUAGAGUGUAUUUCAGUACUUCCAUAGCAGAGAGAUUCACUUGCAGAGUACAUUUGAUUGUUGUUGGUUGUCUUUUGGACAUUUAGGCUGAAGAUACAAGCCAUUUUUGGAGAUGCUUUAGUUUUUAGGUGAAGGACUCUCUGUAGCUCCUUAAGAUUAAUGCAGGUACAACUUUGCCACCUAACUACUCAACAUGAAUACCUCUGAGAACAACCUCACUGUUUCAACAGGAACUACGUGUCAAUUAAUGAACUUGCUAAGGGGAAUUGCUUAUAUUUCUGUUGACAGCCACCCUUCAUUCUGAUGUGCACAUCAAAAUAGGCUGCUGCUGGUUACUUUGCUUUAGAGGGAGCAAGCUCCAUUUGCAGAGGGAAAGGUUCAGCUUCCUGAAAAGUCAAAGAUAGCUGCUACCCCUUGCAAACACACGAGUGUGAAACACUGUACAAAUCCAAGCCAGCCAGCGUUUUGGGAGAAGCUGGAUUGGAGAGUCAUUUAAACAUUUUUCUGUUGAAACUUUUAAUUUUGGGGGCAAAAGGAAUAAAUAUGUAAAAAUAAUAGACUCUGUAAAGACAUUCAAGUAAAGAUGA